CUGUCUGCGGGUCAAAUUUCUACGAAUUAUACGCUAAAAAUUAGCAAGGGUAAGUAUUUUUUACAGCCAUCUUGCCAUACAAUACUGAUGCCAAGGACACCGAGUAAUUAGACAAUGAGCUUGCCAUACUUUAUGACCGCUGGAGCUUUCUCAGAGGCAUGACGGGACGUGUAGUCAAAUCCAAUGAAAACAGUGUUACGAAAGCUGCCACCAACGUGCUCAUGUAAGUGGUUGUGUAAAGCGGAGGAGGUUACGCGAGCGGCUGUUUUCUGUUUGCUUCCUUGUCUUUCUUCCAUUAAAAUGAGCUUUCACGACUGACUGCACCUAAAAAGGCCGCCGGUCCUGAAGGCUUCCGCCGUGUAUGCUGCUCCGUGUGUGGAAAAGAUCUCACCGCUAACAGCCCUGAGGCUCGCGCGACUCCCCAGUCGGGCUCGCGGACCGAAACUCUCCUUCGCUUCGUUCGGCGGAGUCACCAUGUCGGAGAAAAAACGCAAGGCGCCGACAGCCGCGGGAGGCAAGGAGCCCAGCGCCAAGCAGCCGAAGCUGGAGAAGGCGGAGAAAGCCGCGGGCUGGCUGCAGAGCCUGGUGAAGCGGCAGAGGGAGGACACGAAGGACACGAAGUUCAACGAGAAGCGCCAGCGGUUUCUCACCGACACGGAGAAGAUGAAGCAGGGCUCGGAGGGGGUGCUGUACUGGAUGCAGAGAGACCAGAGGGUGCAAGAUAACUGGGCCUUGAUCCGUGCGCAACAGUUGGCUGCAAAGGAAGAGCUCCCCCUGCAUGUGUGUUUCUGUCUGGUGGUCCCGAAAUCGGAGCUGUCCACACUGAGACAUUACGCUUUUCUGCUGAAGGGACUGCAAGAAGUCGCAACGGACUGCAAGCGGCUGAACGUCCAGUUCCACCUGCUGCGCGGGGCUCCGGGGGAAGUGCUGCCCGGCUUCGUGUCUGAUCGCGGUCUGGGCGCCGUGGUGACCGACUUCUCCCCCCUCAGAGAGCCUCAGCAGUGGCUGAACGACGUCAAAAAGAAGCUCUCCAAGGACAUCCCCCUCAUACAGGUUGAUGCCCAUAACAUUGUUCCCUGCUGGGUAGCUUCACCCAAGCUGGAGUACGCUGCCAGAACCAUCAGAGGAAAAAUCACCAAACUUCUGCCUGAGUUCCUCACUGAUUUUCUUCCUGUAGAGAAACACCAACACACUGCCACGAGAACAGCCAAACCUGUGGACUGGGAGCAGACCCUGGCCUCCCUGGAUGUUGACAGAACAGUAGGGGAGCCUCAGUGGGCCAAGCCCGGCUCGGAAGCCGGCAUGGCCAUGCUGGAGUCCUUCAUCGAUGUCCGCCUGAAGCUGUUCGCCACCCAGCGCAACGACCCCAACACGGCCGCUCUCAGCCAGCUCUCCCCGUGGAUCCGCUUCGGCCAGCUUUCAGCCCAGCGUGUGGCACUGCAGGUCCGGCGCUGCGGGAAAAACGCCAGCGAGUCUGUGGCCGCCUUCAUCGAGGAGCUGGUGGUGCGCCGGGAGCUGACCGACAACUUCUGCUUCUACAACGAGAAGUACGACAAAGUGGAAGGUGCUUAUGAGUGGGCCCAGAAGACCCUGAAGGACCAUGCCAAAGACAAGAGGGACAACAUUUACACCCGGGAGCAGCUGGAGAAAGCACAGACACACGACAAGUUAUGGAACGGAGCUCAGUACCAGAUGGUAGCGGAGGGGAAGAUGCACGGUUUCUUGAGGAUGUACUGGGCCAAGAAAAUCCUGGAGUGGACCCGCUCGCCAGAGGAGGCGCUCUCCAUCGCGCUCUACCUGAACGACCGCUACGAGCUGGACGGUCAGGACCCCAACGGCUUCGUCGGCUGCAUGUGGUCCAUCUGCGGCAUCCACGACCAGGGCUGGGCGGAGAGGCCGGUCUUCGGCAAGAUCCGCUACAUGAACUACAAAGGCUGCCUCCGGAAAUUCAACGUAGCUCAAUUUGAGAGGAAGUACGAUCCCAAAAAGGCCUGAAGCACGGUGCGCUUGAAAGAAUGUAGAGGAAAUGUUUGAUGAGCUCCAUCUCUUACAUUUUCCCUCAGGGUUCGUUUUUUAAUGUCUUUUAUGCUGUGGAUGUUUAUUCUUAUCUCUGAAGCCAUCCAGUAUGCUAUGUUGGGCCUUUAUUUCCUUUAUUUUCUUUUAAACUCCACCAGCUUAUACAAACUAUUUUGCAGGACGUAUUAAUUUUAUAUGUUUUAGAAGCCUGUUUCUGUAUUGUUUUGAUGCCGCCUUUGGAGUCACUGUUACAGCUCUCGUGUUUUGUUUUUUUUAUCUAUAUUUUUUGGCCUGUAUGAUUCUGUUUGCCAAAAACAGAUCAACUAUAGAGAAGUUUGUGUUUAUGUGUUAAUUUCAGGAACUGCAUCACAGAUUCUUUAGUUAAGAGCUUAUUCCCAACCAAGUUAAUUCUUCUAGUACUUAAACUCAAAUUCAAAAAUACCGUAUUGACCCCAAAGGGAAAUUAGACACUGUGGCAACUCUUAUUAAUUAAAAAAUAUUCAGUUACAGUAGAUGGUGAUGUCUGUGGGUUGGAAAGAUUGCCUGUGAUCUUCUUCAUCUCUGUCCACUCGUCGCUGAUGUUGUUCCUCUGCAGUUUAUUCUCCAGCUUCCUCCCGAAUCCUCAAAAACUCCCCGUCUUGCUCCUCAAAGGCUUUUCUUUUUUCUUGUUUAACAGUGAUCCGGGGUUCAUUAUUAGGGAAACAUCUCACGGUUCGGCUGGGGAUGGUGUUGUCCACACAGAGUUUUAGUUGGUCACACACUCAGUCCUCAGUUGUUGACGUUCUCUCCUCUGGCUGGCAAAGAGCGAUCCGAUCUGUUGCUCCUUCAGCUUCCUGUGACCUCUUUCUGUCUCUGAACAAGAGGUUUAUACUUAGAGCAGAGAAAAACGGGGAUAUAAGUAGCAUAUAUGCACCUUGUUACCUUUGUGUUUUCUAAAUGUCAAUCCCAACCAACAGCAUUGAUUUUUAUGUUUUUUUAAACGAACAUGAAUAACUGGCAGCAACAACAAUUAAUGGGCGAAAAAAAAACAACUCCUUCGUCAAACACAAACUGAUAUGAAACCGUGUGUCUAUAUAAGGAAUCCUGUUUCAGUCCAAUUAGAGAGCAAGCUUUCAUUCAGCACACAUGUAAUUAAAGAAAACAACACCCUCUCCAGUCCAGCCUAAUUAACUGCACUGUUAGCGGUGGAUAAAAACAGUCUCUAAAGGAGGCGCUGCAACUGAAACCAGUUUGCUAAUUAAAAUAGGAAUCCCCUCGUGCUCCCCUUGUUUCAGAGGGAAAAAAAUGCAUAUUCUCUAUAGAUAUUUUUUAAAUAUUAACUCGUUGAAGCUGGGGAAUCUACAGUUUUAUGGAAUAUCUGUCUAGAGUAGAGGGAUUAACGGUGAGGCUUUAAUCCUUCUGGUACCCUGUUGGCACUGCUGAAGUAAAUGUUGCGUUUGUUCAAUUAAAAUUUGGACAUGACUUAUAA